GUUUGAGGCCCCGCCCCCAGCACGCUCUACCCUCGGAGAUUCUCAGUGGACGGCCUGAGGCCCCGCCCCUUCGCGUCAUUGUAGCAAGAUGGCGGUGACGGCGAAAGUAAAUGGAUCGGUUCCCGCUGUGGAUUUUUGAUGAUCAGACUUGACAAGAAGUGAGUUGAUAAGGUUGCUUUUGUGUGCCAACUCUGAGGAACUGAUUGACACCAUGAAGGUCUUCUGCGGGCGGGCCAACCCCACUACAGGGUCUGUCGAGUGGCUGGAGGAGGACGAGCACUAUGAUUACCACCAAGAGAUUGCAAGGUCAUCUUAUGCUGAUAUGCUGCAUGACAAAGACAGAAAUAUAAAGUAUUACCAGGGCAUCAGGGCUGCUGUGGCCAGGGUGAAGGAGAAAGGACAGAAAGCUUUGGUUCUUGACAUAGGCACUGGCACUGGCCUCUUGUCAAUGAUGGCUGUUACAGCGGGUGCAGACUUCUGCUAUGCCAUUGAGGUUUUCAAACCUAUGGCUGAUGCUGCUACAAAGAUUGUGGAGAAAAAUGGCUUCAGUGACAAGAUUAAGGUUAUCAACAAGCAUUCUACUGAGGUGACUGUAGGACCAGAUGGUGACAUGCCAUGCCGUGCUAACAUUCUGGUUACAGAACUGUUUGACACAGAACUGAUUGGAGAAGGAGCACUGCCUUCCUAUGAGCAUGCACACAAGCAUCUUGUGCAGGAAAAUUGUGAGGCAGUGCCUCACAGAGCAACCGUUUAUGCUCAGCUGGUGGAGUCCAGAAAGAUGUGGUCCUGGAACAAGUUGUUUCCCAUCCACGUUCAAACUAACUGCGGGGAACAGAUCAUCAUUCCACCCCUGGAACUGGAGAGGUGCCCUGGUGCACCCUCUGUCUAUGAUAUUCAGCUGAACCAGGUGUCUCCUGCUGACUUCACUGUCCUCAGCGAUGUACUGCCUAUGUUCAGUGUGGACUUCAGCAAGCAAGUCAGUAGCUCAGCAGCCUGCCAUCACAAGCAGUUUGAAUCUCUGGCAUCUGGCCAAGCUCAGGUCGUUCUCUCCUGGUGGGACAUUGAAAUGGAUCCUGAGGGGACAAUCAAGUGCACCAUGGCCCCAUUCUGGGCACACUCAGACCCAGAGGAGCUCCAGUGGCGAGACCACUGGAUGCAGUGUGUGUAUUUCCUGCCUCAAGCGGAGCCGGUCACCCAGGGCUCAGUCCUCUGCCUGGUAGCCCACCAUGAUGACUACUGUAUAUGGUACAGCCUGCAGAGGGCCAGCCCUCCAAAAAACAGAAGCAUCUGCCUAACACGCCCUGUGUGUGACUGCCAAGCUCACCUGCUCUGGAACCGGCCACGGUUUGGAGAAAUCAAUGAUCAGGAUAGAACUGAUCUGUACGUCCAGGCCUUGAAAACUGUGCUAAAUCCAGGUGGUGCAUGCCUGUGUGUCAGCGAUGGCAGCCUGCUCCCCAUGCUGGCCCAUCACCUUGGGGCAGAGCAGGUGUUUACAAUAGAGAGUUCAUCAGCUUCUCAUAGACUUAUGAAAAAAAUAUUCAAGGCUAACCACCUGGAAGAAAAAAUUAAUAUAAUAGAGAAACGGCCUGAAUUAAUAACAUCUGCAGACUUGGAGAGUAAAAAGGUUUCCCUCCUCCUGGGUGAGCCAUUUUUCACCACUAGCCUGCUGCCCUGGCAUAACCUGUACUUCUGGUAUGUUCGGACUGCAGUGGACAAGCACUUGGAGCCUGGUGCAGUGGUGUUGCCCCAAGCUGCCUCGCUGCAUGCAGUGGUUGUAGAGUUCAAGGACUUGUGGCGCAUCCGGAGUCCUUGUGGAAGCUGUGAAGGUUUUGAUGUACACAUCAUGGAUGACAUGAUUAAGCAUGCCCUGGACUUCAGGGAGAGCAAGGAGGCCGAGCCCCACCCACUGUGGGAGUACCCAUGCCGCAGCCUCUCUGACCCCCAGCAGAUCCUCACCUUUGAUUUUCGGCAGCCAGUUCCCCUGCAGCCUGUCCAUGCUGAGGGUUCCAUUGAGCUGAGACGACCUGGGAGGAGCCAUGGAGUGGUCCUGUGGAUGGAAUAUCACCUGACUCCAGAUAGCACAGUCAGCACCGGCCUCCUGAAGUCUACAGAAGACAAGGGGGAUUGCUGCUGGAACCCUCACUGCAAGCAGGCUGUGUACUUCUUCGGUUCUGUCCUGGACCACAGAGCACCACUGGGCAACACUCAGACAAUCAGCUACACUGUAGAGUUUCACCCCCACACUGGAGACGUCUCAAUGGAUUUCUCUUACUCAGACACCCCAGAUAAUGGGCACUAAUCCUCACUUGCUGAGAAAUAAAGUGGCCUGAGGGCUCCAGGCUCAGAA